AUGGAAAUUCCAGUGACUUGUGCCGUGGUCUUCCUGCUGAUUUUUGGUGGGGCCUGCUGUGUGGACGGCCACCAGGAAGCCUCUAACGCAGACACCUCCAAGGGUGAUGCAGGUCAGAAAAGGCCGCCUCGAGCAACAGAGAAUAAGCCGAGCCGCUGUUCCUACACUUUCAUCGUACCUCAACAGAAGUUAACGGGGGCGCUUUGCGUGAGCACCGAGACGGCUCGUGUCAACCGCUCUGAGAUGGCGUCCCUGCGCGCGCUGCUGGACCGGCAGCAGGAACAGCUGGACACAAUGCGUGGGCAGCUGGAGCAGGAGGGCGCACAGGCCAAUGAGAUGAGAGUUCUGCGCAGGGAGAGCGUCAACAUGAACGCCCGCAUCACCCAACUCUAUGCCCAACUGCUGAAUGAGAUCAUCCAGAAGAAGGAUCAGGCUUUGGAGCAACGGAGGCUCGAGAGUUUGGUGCUUAAUGCAACAGCCCAGGUGCUUCAGGUGUCCAGCAGUUACAGAGACCUGGAAAAGAAGUAUGAUGCACUCACUUCUCUAGUAAGCAACCAGAGCCAACUAAUCACACAUCUGGAGAAACAGUGCCAGCUCAAGAACCCCACUAAAGCACCGCAGGAAACCACAUCACUUCCGGUUCAACAGUCUAGUGGGUUGGUGAAUGUGAACACAGAGCCUAAAGAAGUUGGCAGCAAUGUCCAAAGAGACCAAAGUGCCCCUUUGCACCAGGAACAGAGUCCUCCAGAACUGCUGGAGACCUUUGAUGGCUUGCCCAGUCUGCCAACAGACACACCUUUCACCAGUUACCCCGUGACUAAAUCUCCAGGGCCGUGGAAUGACUGUCAUCAUGUGCUGGAGUCAGGAGAGAAGACCAGCGGCAUCUACCUGCUGCGACCGCGCAAUACUAACACACUUCUGCAGGCCUGGUGUGACCAGAGCAGAGCGCAGGGUGGCUGGACCGUUAUCCAGAGGAGACAGGAUGGCUCUGUCAACUUCUUCAGGACCUGGGAACAGUACAAGCAAGGCUUUGGCAAUCUGGAUGGAGAAUACUGGUUGGGUUUGGAGCACCUGCACUGGCUCACCUCUCAGGCCACCUACAAGCUGCGAGUAGCCAUGGAAGACUGGCAAGGACGACAGGCGUUUGCAGAGUACGACAGCUUUCAGGUGGAACCAGAGAGUGACUGGUAUCGUCUACGAUUGGGCAGUUAUCAAGGCAACGCAGGAGACUCACUUUCAUGGCACAACAAUAAAGCGUUCACCACUCUGGACCGCGAUAAGGAUGCUUAUUCAGGUAACUGUGCUCAUUACCAGAAGGGCGGCUGGUGGUACCACAUGUGUGCCCACUCCAACUUGAAUGGGGUGUGGUAUAGAGGAGGCCAUUACAGAAGUCGAUACCAAGAUGGUGUUUACUGGGCAGAGCUCCACGGAGGCUCGUACUCCCUAAAGAAAGUGGCCAUGAUGAUCAAACCUGCUUAACAGCCACAGAAACAAAUCAGCAGCACCCAGAGAGUUGAGAGUACUUAGUUGAGUGCCAUUUUUUGCCACCUUUUCUACACAAAGAUGUGACAAUUAAUGAGCACUAAAUGUUUUUGUGGACCUUCAGGUUAUUUUGUUAGAGAUCUAGUCUUGAAGUUAUAUUAACAUUGUUCGAACAAAGACAUGAUUUGAAUAUUUUUAUUCA